GCUCCAACAACGCCAAUCGAGAUCCUUCGGACAUGUGGAACUUGAAAAGUGAAAACCUUCGUCUCCUCCUUUCUGUUCUGACUUACUCGGUCUCUGUUGCACUCUCUUUGUCGUCUUCCACUUCUUCUUCUCCUUCUCUUCGGCUGAAGUAGAAAGUUGCGGUAGAUCUCUGCCAAGGAAAUCGGCGCCAAUGUCGACCCACCUUCUUCUUCUUCUUCUGAUAUGUUUCGCAUCUUCUUCUUCCUUCGUGUCUCUGACCGAAGCUUCGGUGCAUGAGUACCGAACUGAGAGAUUCAUGUCCAAAGGCAACGCCUUUGUCUUCCAUGGCGGCAGCGAGGGCAUCUACUCUUCUCUCUCCGACAACUUCACUUCCGGUUCUGAUUCUUCUUUUAUCCGUUUUGAGAAGAUAACGUUUCGGAGGCCCGAGAAAGUCUCUAACAGAUCCUCAUUGCCAAUCCAUGCCGUGAUUUUCGAGGUGGAGGAUCGAGAGAACAUAGGAGGAUCAGCUUAUGGCGGGCAAAGGGCUGUCUGUUGUACUUCUGAUCUGGCAAAACUCGGUGUUUGCUCACGUGGAGAUAUCAUUUAUCAUCCUUCGGCUUUUGACUCUCUCUGGCCUCAGGUGUUUGGUGUUUCGUUCAUCGAUAAUGAGUUGACUGCUACCUUGCCAUUGAGCUCGAUACAGAUCACUAGGACUGGAAUGUACAACUUGUAUUUUAUCCAUUGUGAUCCGAAUCUUAAGGAUUUGGUCGUCGAGGGGAAAACCAUUUGGAAAAACCCCGGUGGGUAUCUGCCCGGUAGAAUGGCUCCACUUAUGUACUUUUACGGGUUCAUGUCUCUAGCUUUCGUAGUUCUUGGCCUCUUCUGGUUCUCGCAGUAUGCCAGAUUUUGGAGAGAAGUGUUUCCGUUGCAGAAUUGCAUAACUCUGGUGAUAACACUGGGAAUGUUUGAGAUGGCUCUCUGGUAUUUUGAUUAUGCGGAAUUCAACGAGACCGGGAUCCGACCCACGGGGAUCACCAUCUGGGCGGUCACGUUCGGUACCAUUAAACGCACAGUUGCCCGUAUCAUCAUCCUGAUUGUCUCAAUGGGCUAUGGUGUUGUGAGGCCAACACUCGGUGGCCUUACAUCGAAAGUUAUCAUGCUUGGGUUUACCUUCUUCACAGCAUCUGAAACUCUCGAAAUUAUUGAAAAUGUCGGUGCUGUCAGCGACCUCUCGGGAAAGGCUCGGCUGUUUUUGGUUCUCCCGGUUGCGAUAUUGGAUGCUUUCUUCAUCAUAUGGAUAUUCAAAUCACUUUCUGCUACGUUCAAAAAGCUUCAGGCAAGAAGGAUGGUGGUUAAGUUGGACAUAUACAGAAAGUUCACAAAUGCUUUGGCUGUGGCCGUUUUGGUUUCCGUGGGUUGGAUUUUCUACGAGCUUUAUUUCAAGUCAAAGGACGUCUACAACGAGCAUUGGCAAAAGGCUUGGAUCAUCCCGGCUUUUUGGCAGCUACUCUCGUUCUCGCUUCUCAGUGUUAUCUCCGCUCUCUGGGCCCCGUCUCAGAAAUCGACCAGGUAUGCGUACUCGGGAGAUGCGAAUGGAGAGUUCGAGAAGGAUGAUUACAGUCUAACCCUCAUAAAACCGGGUCCGGUCCCUUCUCAUGAAGUUCAUCAGAACCUGUCUGAGACAAGACAUCUUCAAGCUGACAAAGGAGCACUAGAUGGAGAUCUAGAGGAAGACAAAAGGGAUUGAGGCAGAAACCAGAGUUUGAUGUCGCCAAAAUCGGGCCAGUCAGUCACGGUUCAGUUUAUUGCUGUCUCCUCCAUUGAUGGGAAACCGACCGUCCUCUGUUCUCGCUCCUAUACUUCGUCUUCUUCUUCCUUCUUCAAUGCUGGGAAGUCUCAAUGCAUUCUUUCUAAGUUAAUUUAAGGAGUUACAGAAUGGAUCAGGUGUAUCUGUUAUAGGGUUUGUAUUGUUCUAUAGCAUAAUUGUUGUACCAAA